GCAAUGAUACGGAAGUCCACAAAAUAAUUGAAUUUGAAAUAAAGAAAGAAAGCUUCCUCCGAGUCUCUCUGUCUCUCUCUAUCUCUGCUGGUGUGCUUCAAUUAUCAUCAACAACAUCCUCCUCCCCCACUUCUUAACUCUCAAGCGUUCUCUCUCUAAUCUCUAAAAUGGGUUCGAGCAGUAGUCGACUGGGCUCCCGCCCAUCACGGGCCCGAGUCAAUCGCACCACCAAUCGUUCCGUACUCUCCUCUUUCGUCUGUGGUGGCUCUUCCUCACGUUCUACUUACGAGAUGGAAGAUCAUCCAGCUGAGUGUCUUGUGAAAUAUGCAGAGCAACGUAAUCUGGAUAUUAAUCAAGUUCGGAACUCCACAGAGGGAACUUCGUUGGUCUCCAGUACAGGGGCACGGUUCACCUGCCCCAUUAUUGAAAUUGGAUCAUCAUCUGAGAGCACUGUUGCAGCCAGUCAGAAUACUUAUUUUGAAGAUGGUUUAAGCAGUGUUCAUACAAGUAACCUGGGGAAGUGCUUGUCCAAAAGCAAAGAACUAAUAUCUCCUCAUCAGGUAAGUGCCGAUUAUAGUCACGAUGAAUCUUGUAGGGAUAAUAGUACUACAGCUAGUACUUCGUUUAAAGAACAACAAUCUUCAGACCCAGUCUCUGUGAAUUGUUCCGCUAAUAUGGAUGCAGUCAAUGGCAUUGGUAAUUCAGCAGACAAUAAUGUAUCUCAGACCUGUCCUGAGGUUAUGCGACCAAGUAGUUCCUCUCCACAGGGGAUUCGGAAUUCCCGCUCUACUGAAGUGUCUGUUGAGAAUCAUGUGGCUGAAGUAAUGGCUGCCCAUAGUUCUAAUGCUGAUACGGAAUCUGCUCGUGCUUCUGAAACACCAUCGUCUUUUCACUCACUUGGAAAUGAUUCCCUUCGAGAGGCAAUACCUUCUGGUUUAGGAUUCCUUGUGUCCAAUAGGGAACAAGGCGAGGAAGAUGGAAGUAUACUUCAUGUUGAUGUCAUGAGUAUUUCUUCCAACCUUUUGUCUAGAAGCAAUGCUGAUGCAAGUAAUCGUGAGGCCAGAAGGAAUGGCAGACGACUAUUCUGGGAUGCAUUUUCAAGACGCAGUUCCAGAAGGUUUGUUGAUUCUCCAACCAUUCUUUUAUCUACUGAUGAUACUGAGGAUCUAGGAUUUCAUGACAGAUGGCUACUUGGUUUGAGUGGUGAUUUUUUUGAUGAUGGGAUUGGAGCUGAUUCUGGUUACCAGGGCAAUAGAAUUCCCAACUCAAAUGAACGACGACGGCAUUCUAGAUCCGAGGUCUGGGAAAGACUUCGUGUUGGCCUUGAUGACAAUGGUCAGCGUAAUACCUCUUGUCCUACAGGAAUCCACCCUCGUGGCAUGUGCUCAUGUGGCUCGUUCUUGACUGAAGAGUCGAGUACUCGGGCAAGUAUAUCAAGAAUAGUCAUGCUUGCUGAAGCUCUAUUUGAGGUUUUGGAUGAAAUUCAUCGCCAACCUGUGUCACUUUCACUAUCUAUGGUCUCAGUCCCUGCCCCAGCAUCUGUCGUUGACUCUUUUCCUCUUAAGAGUCACACAAAGGUUGACACGUUAAAGUCUGGGGAUGAUGUUGCACAGUGUUACAUAUGCCUCGCUGAGUAUGAGGAAGGGGACAAAAUUCGAGUUCUUCCUUGCCAUCAUGAGUAUCACAUGUCAUGUGUUGAUAAGUGGCUCAAAGAGAUACACGGCGUUUGUCCACUUUGCCGAGGAGAUGUUCGUGAGGGCAUCAUCACUGACUGUUCCGUCUCUAACUCAGAGAUAUCUUCUGUUUGAUAUAAAUGUACAUAAUGAUGUAAAUAGUUAUGAUGGUUCUUCGCUUUUACAAUGACAUGUUAUCUGUCCUCCCACGCUAACUUGUAUCUGAAUUUUCCACGAUCCACAAUAUUGUAGCAUCUUUUUCUCAUGAUGCGGCUUUGUAGUACUUGUAUAGAGAUGCAGAAAAUGAGAUAAUUGUAUGAAUGUGCAUCUAUCGAACACAUCUUUGAUAUUUGUAUCAA